AUGGCCUCCCCGGCUGUGAAGAAAGCGAUCACUGAGGCCGCAUCGCAGUACGCGAAGCCCGAGGACAAGAUAUUCGAGUAUGGCACUGCAGGAUUCCGCAUGAAGUCGGACCUUCUCAACACUGUCGUUUUUGCAGUAGGCUUGCUUGCAGGCCUGCGGUCAAAGAAGCUUAGUGGACAAUGGAUUGGUGUUAUGGUUACUGCUAGCCACAACCCCGCGGAGGACAAUGGUGUCAAAUUGGUUGACCCCAUGGGUGAGAUGCUCGAAGCCGAGUGGGAAGCAUACGCGACGAGACUGGCAAAUGCUCCAUUGGAUAAGAUCGCCGAUGUCUACGAUGAGCUCGUCAAGGAAAUCGACGUUCAGAUGACCAACCCCGCCCGUGUUGUCUUCGCUCGUGACACCCGUGCUUCAGGCUCCCGUCUGGUGGGCGUUUUGAACGCGGCGCUUUCCGCGACUGAGGUCGAAUUUGUCGACUUCAAGUACAUGACCACCCCCCAGCUUCACUAUAUUGUUCGCUGCAAGAACACUCUUGGAACGCAAUAUGAGUAUGGCGAGCCCACUGAGCAGGGAUACUAUGAGAAGCUUGCAAACUCCUUCAAAAAGGUCAUGCGGGGAGUCAAGGUGCAGGGUUCCUUGACUGUUGAUUGCGCCAACGGUGUCGGUGGGCCAAAAUUGAGAGAAUUGAUGAAGUAUCUCUCUGGUAUUGAUAUCAAGGUCGUCAACGACGACGUGAUUAACCCUGAUGCCCUGAACUUUGAGUGCGGUGCCGAUUACGUUAAGACUAAGCAACGUGCUCCUCCUUCUUCCAAGGCUGCCUUGCUUGAUCGUUGCGCUUCGCUUGAUGGCGAUGCCGAUCGCCUGGUCUACUACUUCCAGGAUGAGAGCAGCGUGUUCCGUCUCUUGGAUGGUGACCGCAUCGCCACUCUUGCGGCUUCGUUCAUUGGCGACCUUGCCCGCAACGCCGGGAUCGCCUCGAAGCUGAAGAUUGGUGUUGUCCAGACAGCCUAUGCUAACGGCGCAAGCACGGACUACAUUGAGAAGGUCCUCAAGCUCCCCAUCAUCUGCACCAACACCGGCGUAAAGCACCUCCACCACGCGGCACUUCGUUUCGACGUCGGUGUCUACUUUGAGGCGAACGGACACGGUACCGUUACCUUCUCCGAGAACGCCUUGAAGGUCAUCAAAAACACCGAGCCUCAAUCACCUGCGCAGCAGCACGCUCUGGAGAGUCUCCAGGCCCUGACAGACUUGAUCAACCAGGCUGUUGGUGACGCCCUGUCCGAUGCACUGCUCGUGGAGGCGAUCCUCGCACACAAGGGCUGGUCCCCCAAGGAGUGGCUCGGAACUUACACUGACCUUCCCUCGCGCCUAGUGCGCGUCGAGGUCAAUGACCGUUCCAUUUUCAAAGCCUACGAUGCUGAGCGUAAGCUCGAAUCUCCUCCUGGCCUCCAGAGCACCAUUGAGUCUCUGCAGUCUCGCUACAACAAGGGCCGUAGCUUUGCCCGUGCCAGCGGCACCGAAGAUGCCGUCCGUGUGUACGCCGAGGCCGCCAGCCGCUCUGAAGCGGAUGACCUCGCCACUCGCGUUGCCAACGCUGUCAGCGAGGCAGGCAGCGCCUAA